AUGCAAUCUCAGUUUGAAGACUAUGAGGAUAAGACAGGACUUAAGUUUGCAUUUAACAUUUUUCCAAGAUCGAAAAGCCAAGAAAAAAAAUGUGUUAUUCCAAUUUCUUGCUUAUAUCAACCUUUGAGACCAAAGGAUGAACCGGUGGUUUUACAGUCUUACCCAAUAGCAUGUUUCACUUGUAAAGCCAUAUUGAACCCUUAUUGUAUUUUAGACUCAAACCUAAGAUCAUGGACUUGCUCAAUUUGUAACAAUAGAAAUCAAUUUCAUCAAGACUUGAACCAACUACCUAUUGAAAUGAAUCCUAGCUGCAUCGAUAUUGACUAUGUCAUACCUGAAAAUACGAAUGCUGGCUUAGCAGUCAGGAAACCUACAAUUUUUGCAUAUGUGAUUGAUUUAGCUAUUGAUGAAGAUGAACUAAGCGCUUUAAAGGAAGGCUUGCUAAAUUCAAUUGCCAUGUUACCUGCAAACUCGCUUCUUUCAAUCAUUACUUACGGUAAGAAUGUUAAUGUUCAUGAAGUUGGAAAUUUUGAAUAUAAUUCCAUAUAUGUUUUCAAUGGGUUAAAAGAAUAUACAAGGGAAGAAGUUGGGAAAAAAAUAGGAUUAUCUCAAAGAAAUAUCAAGAAUCUGAAGAAUCAGACACACGAUGAAAUUGUAAACAGAUUUGUGCAGAAAACUUCAAUCUGUGAAUAUUCUAUCACGAACUUAAUCAAAUCCUUGAAGAAAGAUUCAUUUAAAUGUGAGAAAUAUCACAGAAACAAGCGGGCUACAGGUUCUGCUGUUAAUAUUGCUUUCCACAUGAUGAAUACUUUGUAUCCUAAAAUCGGUACCAGAGUAAUGUUGUUUACAGGCGGUGCAGCUACCGUAGGUCCAGGUAGUAUAGUUGAUACUUCAUUUAAAGAUGCAAUAAGAUCCCAUCAUAGUUUGUUGAAAGACUCCAAAAUCUCUAGGAGGUACCAAGAGAAUAUCAAAUUUUAUGAGAAAAUUGCAGAAAAAGCAUCCAUCAAUGGCCAUACAUUUGAUGUCUUCAUUGGAUGCUAUGAUCAAACUGGAUUAACUGAGAUGGAAUGCUUGGUAUCUAAAACUGGUGGUGUUGUCGUUCAAAGUGAUAGUUUUUCUAGUGCAAUUUUCAAACAAUCAUUGCAAAAAUUUCUAUCCAUCAACGAAUAUGGAGAAUCUCAGUUUGGAUUGAAUGCAACAUUAGAGGUAAAAGCAAAGAAUAUGACUGUUAAUGGAUUCAUAGGUCAUGGUACCGGUAUUUACCUCAAAGACUCAGCAAAUUUCAAAUUUUAUGCUGAAAAAUCAAAAAAUCCAGUUGGCAUCACAGGUACAAACAUUUUUAAGCUAGGUUCCGUUUCAACACAUUCAUCAUAUGCAAUUUAUUUUGAUAUGGCUGAUCACUUAGUUGGGGAUUAUUCCAUAAUCCAAUUUAUUACCAGUUAUCAACAUCCUGAUGGUUCUCAGCAUAUCCACGUCACCACAUCACAAAAAUUUAUAAACCAAGAAGGUGAAUCCUUAAAUUCGAUAAUUCAAAAUUUUGAUCAAGAAGCAGCAACUGUUCUAAUUGCCAGAGAAGCGGUUUUGAGAACUGAAAAGAACUCAUCAAACGACGCUCUCAAGUUUACAAAUCAGAUUUUGGUUGAUUUCAUGUCUUCUUUCUGUCAAUACCAAACAAAUAAUGCAAACUCAGUUUUGAUCCCGCCAACUGUUAAUUUAUUGCCUCAAUUUAUCUAUCAUUUGCGUAGGUCCAAUUUUAUUCAGAUAUUCAAUGCAUCACCAGAUGAAACUACAUUUUAUCGCCAUUGUUUUUUAACUGAAGAUUGUAUCAAUACCCUAAUUAUGAUCCAACCAACAUUGACAGCAUAUGAACUAGAUAAAGAGCCAGAGCCCGUACUGCUAGAUUCUACCUCAAUCACACCAGAUAGAAUUUUGUUAUUGGACACGUUCUUUCACAUACUAAUAUUUCAUGGCUCUACAAUUGCAGAUUGGCGUAGACAAAGAUACCAAGACCAACCAGAUUAUGAGUAUUUCAAACAAUUUCUGGAACUGCCAAGACAGGAAGCUGCAGAUAUUUUAGUUGACAGGUUCCCACUACCUAGGUUUAUAGAUACUGAAGAGGGUGGAUCACAGGCAAGAUUCCUUAUGUCCAAGUUGAAUCCAACCACUAGCUAUAACUCUAAUCAAUCUGCGCACUCACUAGGUACUUACGGUUUACAAGACCAAACAGGAUCUGGUGCUGUCAUCAUGACUGAUGAUAUCAGCUUGCAGGUAUUCAUGAAGUUUGUCAAUGAAGCAAUUGUCAAACCCACAUAA